UGAGGGCUGACAGGGCUGUCCUCCAUGUUUUAAUAAGCAUUGACAUAUCACACUGAGUUUUUUAGCCAUGCAUCCACAGAGCCGAGUGGCAGCCAUUUUAUAGAGCUUCCCCUUUCUGUCCCUCUGCUCCAAGCACUCUGGGUAUUUGUAUGUGAGAGAGAAGGAAAGAAGAAGGAAAGGACUUUCUCUUUUAAAGGCACUGGACAGAAAACUCAUCUUCAAUCCAAAGAGGCUAGAAUACCUGUUUGAGCUCGACCAGUGUGACUGAGGAGGAGGGGAAGACUGAGACAGAUGCAAUAGAAGGAAUGGAGAUCUCCACACGAUCCAAAGUUUCAGACCAGGGGUCAGCUGAGCGGGUGGCCCAGAAACGCAAGAUGCCAAGCCCCUCUCACUCAUCCAAUGGUCACUCGUCAGCUGAAACUUCCCCCAGCCCUAUGAAAAAGAAGAAGAAACCUGGUGCUGUAAGCAGCAGCAAAGACCAGUCAGAACUAAGACAUGGUCCCUUUUACUAUGUGAAGCAGCCAGCACUCACCACAGACCCUGUUGAUGUUAUACCGCAGGACGGCAGGAAUGACUUCUACUGCUGGCUGUGCCACCGCGAGGGCCAGGUGCUCUGCUGUGAGCUCUGCCCCAGGGUGUACCACGCCAAGUGCCUCAAACUACCAGCCGAGCCCGAGGGCGACUGGUUCUGUCCAGAGUGUGAGAAAAUAACGGUUGCUGAGUGUAUAGAGACUCAGAGCAAAGCCAUGAUGAUGCUAACUAUAGACCAGCUGUCUUACCUGCUAAAGUUUGCCCUUCAGAAGAUGAAACAGCCAGGUGACCAUCCCCGCUCGUCAUCUCACUCCCCCCAUGCAGCUUCCACGCAGAGAAAGACUUUUAAUUGGACCGAACCCUUCCAGAAACCUGUAUCUCUUGAGCAGCAUCCAGAUUAUGCAGAAUAUAUUUUUCAUCCUAUGGAUCUUUGCACACUUGAGAAGAAUAUCAAAAAGAAAAUGUAUGGCUGCACAGAGGCUUUCUUGGCAGAUGCUAAAUGGAUUUUACACAACUGUAUAAUAUACAAUGGAGGCAAUCACAAACUGACGGCUACAGCUAAAGUGAUAGUAAAAAUCUGUGAACAUGAGAUGAACGAAAUUGAAGUUUGCCCUGAGUGUUAUCUGUCAGCCUGCCAAAAAAGAGACAACUGGUUCUGUGAGCCAUGUAGUAACCCCCACCCUCUAGUCUGGGCCAAACUCAAAGGAUUUCCAUUCUGGCCUGCUAAAGCGCUGCGGGACAAAGAUGGACAGGUGGAUGCUCGCUUCUUUGGCCAGCAUGACAGGGCAUGGGUCCCUUUAAACAAUUGCUACCUCAUGUCCAAAGAGAUUCCUUUCUCUGUCAAGAAGACCAAGAGCAUCUUCAACAGUGCCAUGCAAGAGAUGGAAGUCUAUGUAGAAAACAUGAGGAAAAGGUUUGGCGUGUUUAACUACGCCCCCUUCAGGACACCCUACACCCCUGACAACCAAUUCCAGAUGCUGCUGGACCCCUCCAACCCCUUAUCCAGCUCUGUCAAACCUGAGAAGCAAGAGAAGAUCAAGCUGAGCUUUGACAUGACCGCAUCACCCAAGAUGCCGCUGGGAAGGAGUCUAGUGUCUGGGGCUGGGGUGGGAGGGAGCACGACAGGCCGGCGGAUCCCCCUCAGUGACAUGCCUCGUUCUCCCAUGAGCACCAACUCCUCUGCCCAUACAGGUUCAGAUGGGGAGCAGGAGACAGCAGACAAGUCCCAGACAAAAGCCCCAAACAGCCAGUACAGCACUGGAGAAGAGUCCAUGGACUGUACAGCAUCACCUGCCUAUACCCGACCCGGGCCUGCAGGCAGUACCUUGGACAGCCCCAAACCAUUCCACUCUCAAGCUCCUGGCCUACCUCUCAUUCCAAAGCAGGAGAAGACGCCACCAACAGGAAGCAUCCUUAACCUUAAUCUAGAUCGCAGUAAAGCGGAGAUGGACCUGAAGGAGCUGAGUGAGACAGUUCAGCAGAAACAGGGAGCGACACAAGUCCUCACCUCCCCUAAGAGACAGAUCAAGAGCCGUUUCCAGCUCAACCUGGACAAAACCAUUGAGAGUUGCAAAGCACAACUAGGUAUAGAUGAGAUUUCUGAGGAUGUGUAUAAAGGUGUGGAGCACAGUGACUCGGAGGACUCUGACAAAUCUGAUUCCAGUGACAGCGAGUAUGCCAGCGAUGAGGAGCAGAAGCCCAAGGAUGGCCAGGAUGCUGCUACCAAUGACAAAGGCCAGAAGGAGUCCUCGAAACCUGUAGUCAAAGACCAGCCUUCCUCUAGCCAAGACAAAGAAGGCAAACCUGAUGUGCCUGUCACAUCAAAAUCUGCUGCAGGUGAUGCUGCUGCUGCAACAGUAGAGAAAGAGAAAGCAAGCACAGAUUCAGACAGAGAGAACCCAGAGAAGACCAAAGCAGCUCCAGCUUCACCUGUUCUCAAAGAGAAGGCUCAGGUGAAAGAUGAGGUAAGGCAGCCCAUGCUUGUUGAGGACUCUGACUCAGAGAGGGAGCUGGUUAUUGACCUUGGAGAAGAACAAGGAGGCAAGGAGAGGAAGAGGGGCAGAAGAGACACUUCCACCGUUAAGGAGCCGACAGCUGGUAAGCCUGAAGGUAAAGCCACAGCACUGACAGCCCCGUCUCAAAACAGCACAGCCCCUUCGUCAGCCUCCAGCCUUUCCUCUCAGUCCCCUGUUGCCAUUCCUGUCACCAUGGUCUCCUUCUCGACUGCUUCUCCUGUGGCCAUAAGCCCUUCCACCUUGUCUAGUGCCACCCCAACCUCGACCCCAACCCCUGCCUCCUCCUCGGCAUCCACCACACCAGCUUUGAAGAAACAGCGCCCUCUGCUGCCCAGAGAGACGGUGCCGGUGGUGCAGAGAGCUGUGGUGUGGAAUCCCACCGGCAAGUUUCAGACCUCCUCUCAGAAGUGGCACAUGCAGAAGGUGCAGCGUCAGCAGCAAAACCAGCAAACUCUGGCGACCACACAACUACAGGCAACAUCGCCAGGGCAAGGCCAGGCCCAGGCGCUGGCCCAGGCGCAGCCCUCUGGAAACAUCUCAACAUCAGUAUCCUCAUCAUCGACACAGCAGUCUUCACAAAGCACCCGCUACCAGACCAGGCAGGCUGUCAAAGCUGUUCAACAAAAAGACACUCCACUCAGCGCAUCCACGUCGGCUGCCACCCUGGCAUCCAGUAGCCCAGCUUCUGUGGCCUUGAUGGCAGCAUCAACUUUAGGUGCACCUUCUUCAUCUUCCCCAUUGGCUGUAGACUUGCAGAUCCCCACCGCCUCAGCAGAUGUUGCUGCAGACAUUGCCAAGUACACUAAUAAAAUAAUGGAUGCAAUCAAAGGAACAAUGACUGAAAUCUACAAUGACCUUUCUAAAAGCACUUCAGGAAAUACAAUAGCGGAGAUAAGACGACUGAGAAUUGAAAUAGAAAAAUUACAGUGGUUGCAUCAGCAAGAGUUGUCAGAAAUGAAGCACAAUCUUGAGUUAACAAUGGCUGAGAUGAGGCAGAGCCUGGAGCAGGAGAGAGAGAGGUUGGUGGCUGAGGUGAAGAAGCAGAUGGAGCUGGAGAAGCAGCAAGCAGUGGAUGAGACAAAGAAGAAACAAUGGUGCGCCAACUGCAGGAAGGAGGCCAUCUUCUACUGCUGCUGGAACACCAGCUACUGUGACUAUCCCUGCCAACAAGCCCACUGGCCAGAACACAUGAAGUCCUGCACUCAGUCAGCAACAGCCCCACAGCAAGAACCUGAGACUGAGUCCACAGCAGACCUUCCAAACAAAGGGUUAGGACAGUCCAGCAGUGGCCCAGUCCCCCUCAGAGACACUAUGGCCUCCACACCAUCAGACAAAGACUGUGAAAUGGAGAAGAGCACUGAAAAUGUUGCUGUCAGUCUGUCAUAACCAGUCUGACCAUACUUGAAAAUGUAAAUGUGUAAUUUUUUUCCAUUACAAGGAUGUCUAUGUAACAUUUCUCUGUUGAAGCUGCUGCUAAGGGAGCAAUCUAAAUAUCUUUUUUUUUUUUUUUUUUUUUUAAUUAUUAUUUAUAUAACUCCUGUUUCCUGUUCUGGGUUCACAUAAUACAGCUAGAGUGCUGCUGUCUUCCCCAUUUCAUUCAGUGUGGCAACAAGUAGACUGACAGCAAAGAGCAUGUAUCCUCUAAAGGAGGGCAGUGUCAAGUAAAUGCCUCUAAAUCACUCCUUUGCAGUCUUUUUACAGCUGCCAAUAUAAAGUGAGUGCAUGAACGUACUGUAUACCAGUGUUUCACUGGAAAACAUAAUAAACGUAGCCACAGCUUGAAGGGAAGCAAGUGACUGGUUCGAUUUAAGAGUAUAUAAGUCUACCCCUUUUAAUGGACCAUAUAACUUUUAAAAUAGAUGACUGUUGACAGAAAUGUCUGUAAGUUACUUUUGUAUUGUAAUUUAUUUCAGUUCUUAUGUUGUAUAGUGCAAAGAAAACAAAUUCAAACAUUUUAAAUGGGCUGUUUCUAUUUGAUUACCUGCUGAGUCAACAGCAGUGAGUUAAGGAACACGUGGAAGUCAACAACAGAUUUUUCUUUUUAUAUUUUUUAAUCAUAAUGUUUACUCUUUCUACUCGUCACGUUAUUGAAUCAGCACUGCACCCAGCAUCUGCUUCAUCGCACACCAGUCUUACUGCAGAAUAUAUCACAAUUUGUGAAUAUCACAUAUUUAUAUUUGUUAUUGUGAAUUACUUGCACCAAAAGGAUAACCAAAUCUGAAAAAUACCCGUAAUGUAGAGAACGAUGGAAAUGCCUGUCAGAAUAACUUUAAAGUUACAGUAUCUUACAGUGCAGUAUUGUAUUUGUUACUCAGUAAUCAGUGAGCAGCUUUUCUGCUCCUGCCCCAAAGUAGGUUUUCAACACAAUAGUACUCCAUAUACUAUGUUCCCGAUGACACUGUACAUUCUAGACAAAUCAUUGGUCACAAAACUUGUCUAUUUACUUUAGAUUCGUGUCUUGGAGGAACUUGUUUCAUUUAUUGUAUAGAAGAUUGUUUUUGCAUAGAUAGGGUUCAUAAAACUAUAUUUUGUCAGCAGAGCGCUGUCACUGCUGUUGUUUACAUUCUGUACAGUAAAAUUGAUGUUUCAAAAGUA